GGAGGUAGUAGCUCUGUUAGUUUCUCUCAAGCCUCCGGUCACUCUGGGUCAGUAUGCUCCCACGUCCCCUACCAAAUAUGUAAGUGCCCCCAUGUCUGUACCCCAAGCUACCACAAAUAGCGGGUCUUCCUAUAGAGCAGUUUCACAGGUUGGUUCUCCGUCUCAAAUGGGAGCUUCUGGUCAGUUUACAUCUCCGGGAGGGAACUAUUACAGGGGGUUGUUUCCACAGUCUCAAGCUACCUCUAGUCAAUAUGCUCUUGGCUACUCCAAGCCCAUUUCCUCGCUCCAAAGCACUUCUAGUCAGUCCACCAGUGUCUUGAGUUCCCGUAAGCAAUAUAGCUCUGCCUCCCAGGGCAGCUCUGGAUCUCAGUUUGGGGCCUCUACUGAUUUUGCCUCGCAGGGAAUGAGCAGCUCUUACAGUGGUUCUGUCCUGUCUCCAGGUACCACUGGCCAGUUUGCCCCUGGGUCUUCCCCAUAUGCAAGUGUUUCACUCUCCUCACCCCAAGGUGGUCCAACUACUACUGUUCCGGGUUCUCGGAAGCAGCUUACCUCUACCUAUAUCGGCAGCUCUGGCACCCAGGCAGGAUCAUCCAGCUUCACUCUGCAGGGAAGCACUGCAUAUGGUGGAUCACGUCAGUCUCAAGGUACCGCUAGCCAGUUUUCCCCUGGGUCUCCGUCCUCAUAUCCAGGCUUAUCACUGUCCUCACGCCAAGGUGUUGCCAGUCAAUCUAGUUCACGGAAGCAGCUUACCUCUGCCUCCCAGGGCGGCUCUAGGGCUCAGUUUGGGGCCUCUACUGGUUUUGCCUCGGAGGGAAUGAGCAGCUCUUACAGUGGUUCUGUCCAGUCUCAAGGUACCACUGGCCAGUUUGCCCCUGGGUCUCCAUCCUCAUAUCCAGGUUUAUCUCAGUCUUCACCCCAAGCUGGUCCAUUUACUACUGUUCAGGGUUCUCUGAAGCAGUUUACCUCCACCUACACGGGCAGCUCUGGCAUCCAGACAGGAUCUACUCCCUUCAACCUACGUGGAAGCACUGCUUACGGUGGAUCGCGUCAGCCUCAAGAUACGGCAAGUCGGUUUGCCCCUACCUCUCCAUAUGAAAGCGUAUAUUGCAAAUGUGUUUUGUCACCCCAAGGUGUAGACCGUCACUCUACUACUGCUCAGGGUUCACAAAAGCGGUUUACCUCCAACUAUGGAAAAAAAAAAAUUGUGAAUUUGUGAAAGGUAACAGUGUGGUCAGGCUAUAGGAAUGCAUUUGUGUACAUGUGCGUUGCAUUUCUUUACAAUGUGACCACCACCGUCUUGCUGCUGAUAGUAACAUAACUAUCAUCACUUAAAUGUAUGUUAGUGUUUCUACCAGAUUUUACGAUUUAGUGUGUGUGUUUUGUUUGCAGCAGCAUAUUAAGUGUGACGAGGGCCACUUAAAAAAAAAA